AUGGAAGCAGCAGCCACAAAAGAUAAGACGGCCAUGCAUCCUAAUGACGCAGAAAGGCCAAAAUCUUGCAGGGAGAAGUUUCUUCAAGCAUGGAAUGAAAAGCUGAAACUCCAGCCAUGUCCUAUAUUGUCCCCUCAAGUGCUAGCAUCUCAGUCGGCAGUUGAUAUUCCUGUCCAAGAAAAGCGGACAAGGAACAACAAGGCCCUGUCAUAUUUACAUACACGGGCCUCAUUGCAACCCAGUGAAAACGCUGUUUACUUUGUGAAAGUAAUGCCUGUUCCUCCAGAGCAAAUGCAUCCAACCCCUGGGAGUGUGUGGGCAGGUGGACACUGCCCACAGCAGCUGCCUAUGGCAUCUUGGCAUAGCAACCUUGUUGUUAUAGACAAGGUGCCAAGUGGAUCCAUGACAAAUGUUGAAGAGGAACUCCUACAAAUCUGUGUUUCUGAUUUACUGAUGGAGUCUCCAGCGCGGAAGAGGCCCAGAUUGCUGCCACCUCACCGAAAGAUGCAUGUGGAAGUGUGGAAGAAAGAGGCAUCGUACCCAUUGCAGGAGGAUGCAAGAAAUCCAGUCCCCUUGGCAUACAAUCACCUGGUAGAUACCAUGUCAAUGGCCAAUGCUGCUGACCUCCCUGAAGUGGAAUCUUUCUAUCGCAGAUUUAGCCCUAAGCUAAAACAAAGUUGUAAUAGGAAGAACAGUCCAGUCCAGCCAGGGGCAGAGGGCUUUUUGCUUGCCAGGAACACAGAAGCUUCUACCUCGCAACAGGCUGUCAGAAAAACUGCCAAGAUGAGGCACAAGCAGCAUCAGCAACCGAGCCUGAAGAGAAGUUCUCCCUUACCUGAUCUUAUGGUGGCAAGCAUACAAUCUAUGAACUUCUCUCAAAAUAUCCACCUGCCACCAAAGAAGCGAUACACCCAAGGCUGCCUCUGA